AUGGCCCACGCGGCAGCUCACCUGAAGAAGGCUCGUGAGUUAGAGCAGCCCCCCGAGCUCAGAGCCAUACAGAAAGCCAGGGAGAGACGCAGACGACACAGAGAGAGAGCAGAGCGCCAACGCCAGUCUGACAGUAACACUAGUUUCCUGCGUGCUGCGAGGGCGGGGAAACUGGACAAGGUUCUGGAGUUCCUGAAAGACGGAGUUGACAUCAGUACCUGUAACCAGAAUGGUCUGAAUGCGCUGCACCUGGCAGCUAAGGAGGGCCAUGAGGACCUGGUGGAAGAACUACUGGAGAGAGGCUCCGCCGUCGACUCUGCUACUAAGAAAGGGAACACAGCCCUCCACAUCGCCUCAUUGGCCGGACAGAAGGAAGUGGCUCGACUGCUGCUGAAGAGAGGAGCCGACAUCAAUGCCCAAUCACAGAAUGGCUUCACUCCUCUCUACAUGGCAGCCCAGGAGAACCACCUGGAGGUGGUCAGAUACCUGCUGGAGAAUGGAGGCAACCAGAGCGCCGCUACUGAGGAUGGGUUCACCCCCCUGGCCAUAGCCUUGCAGCAGUGUCAUAACCAGGUGGUUUCUCUCCUCCUGGAACAUGACACCAAGGGCAAGGUGCGGCUGCCUGCCCUGCACAUCGCUGCCCGGAAGGAUGACACCAAGGCAGCUGCCCUGCUGCUACAGAAUGACCACAACGCUGAUGUUCAGAGCAAGAUGAUGGUUAACAGAACUACAGAGAGUGGGUUUACCCCCCUGCACAUCGCUGCUCACUAUGGCAACGUGAAUGUCUCCACCCUCCUGCUCAACCGAGGGGCCGCCAUAGACUUUACCGCCAGGAAUGGGAUUACUCCUCUCCAUGUGGCCUCUAAGAGAGGGAACACCAACAUGGUAGCUCUACUGCUGGAUAGAGGAGCUCAGAUAGAUGCCAAGACCAGGGACGGCCUCACUCCUCUACAUUGUGCAGCGCGGAGUGGAAAUGAUCCCGCCAUAGAACUGCUGCUGGAGAGAGGAGCACCCAUACUGGCUAGGACCAAGAACGGUCUCUCCCUCCAUAUGUCGGCCCAGGGAGACCACGUGGAGUGCGUCAAACACCUGCUGCAGCACAAGGCGCCUGUUGAUGAUGUCACCCUGGACUACCUGACAGCGCUGCAUGUCGCCGCCCACUGUGGUCACUACAGAGUCACCAAGCUGCUGCUGGACAAGAGGGCCAACCCCAACGUUAGGGCUCUGAAUGGGUUCACUCCCUGCCAUCGCCUCAAGAAGAACCGGGUGAAGGUGAUGGAGCUGCUGGUGAAAUACGGAGCCUCUGUCCAGGCCUGUCCCGGAGUCUGGUCUGACCCCAUCCAUGUCUCAGCCUUUAUGGGCCACCUCAACAUGGUGCUGCUGCUGUCCAGAACGGAGCCUUCCCUCCCUGCAACAUCGUCACGUGGUGAGACAGCGUUACACAUGGCGGCCCGUGCUGGUCAGAUAGAGGUGGUUCGAUGUCUCCUGAGGAACGGAGCUCUGGUCGACGCCAUGGCAAGAGAGGACCAGACCCCCCUCCACAUCGCGUCCCGUCUGGGGAAGACAGAGAUCGUCCAGCUGUUACUGCAGCACAUGGCUCAUCCCGACGCCUCCACUACUAACGGAUACAGUCCUCUGCACAUCGCUGCCAGGGAGGGACAGUUAGAGACCACCGCUGUGUUGUUGGAGGCUGGGGCUUCACACUCACUGGCUACCAAGAAAGGAUUCACUCCUCUACAUGUAUCAGCCAAGUAUGGAAGCCUGGAGGUGGCAAAACUCCUCCUGCAGCGCAAAGCUAUGCCUGACGAUGCCGGCAAGAACGGUCUGACUCCGCUGCACGUGGCAGCUCACUAUGACAACCAGCAGGUGGCGCUGCUGCUGCUGGACAAAGGGGCGUCGCCCCACGCCACUGCCAAGAACGGAUACACCCCACUCCACAUCGCUGCCAAGAAGAACCAGACGUGCGUCGCCUCGUCUCUGCUGCAGUACGGAGCAGAGACCAACGUCCUGACCAAACAGGGGGUCACCCCUCUACACCUGGCCUCACAGGAGGGGCACAGUGACAUGACCAGUCUGCUGCUGGACAAGGGGGCUCACGUCAACACUCCCACUAAGAGUGGUCUGACACCCCUCCACCUCACGGCCCAGGAGGACAGAGUGAAUGCAGCAGAAGUUCUGGCCAAACGUGAUGCUAACCUGGACCAGCAAACCAAGCUCGGCUACACUCCUCUCAUUGUUGCCUGUCACUAUGGAAACAUAAAGAUGGUCAACUUCCUCUUGCAGCAGGGCGCCAGUGUCAACGCCAAAACCAAGAACGGUUACACUCCGCUUCACCAGGCAGCACAGCAGGGACACACACACAUCAUCAACGUCCUGUUGCAGCAUGGAGCGACACCCAACACUACUACUGCUAAUGGGAACACUGCUCUGUCCAUUGCCAGGCGUCUGGGUUACAUAUCUGUCGUUGACACUCUGAAGGUCGUCACAGAAGAGGUCAUCACCACGACAACGACUGUGACAUCAGAGAAACACAAGAUGAAUGUUCCGGAGACCAUGACGGAGAUACUGGACGUGUCGGAUGAGGAGGGUGAGGACACUAUGACAGGUGAUGGAGGGGAGUACCUGAGAGCUGAGGACCUGAGGGAGCUGGGAGACGACUCUCUACCUGGACAAUACCUGGACGGAUUCAACUACAUGAGCCACAACCUGGACAGGUCUCAUCAGACCCCUGUCCACCAGAGAGAUGGAGUCCUGAUUGAAGACAUGAUCACCAGCCACCAGGUGUCGUCUCUGUCCAGAGAGAAUGAGAAGGACUCCUUCAGACUGAGCUGGGGAGCAGAGCACCUGGACAACGUAGUGCUGUCAUCUAGCCUGCUGCACUCUGGCCAAUCCUCCCCGUGCCUAGACCAUGACAACAGCAGCUUCCUGGUCAGUUUCAUGGUGGACGCCAGGGGUGGGGCCAUGCGUGGUUGCCGUCACAACGGGCUGCGCAUCAUCGUGCCGCCCAGGAAGUGUUCCGCUCCGACGCGGGUGACGUGCCGCCUGGUGAAGAGGCACCGCCUGGCGUCUAUGCCCCCCAUGGUGGAGGGCGAGGGGCUGGCAGGACGUAUCAUCGAGGUCGGCCCCACCGGGGCACAGUUCCUCGGUAAGCUCCACCUCCCCACGGCCCCGCCCCCUCUGAACGAGGGAGAGAGUCUUGUCAGCAGGAUACUACAGCUGGGGCCUCCUGGCACCAAGUUCCUGGGGCCUGUGAUUGUGGAGAUCCCUCACUUCGCGGCCCUGCGGGGCACGGAGCGGGAGCUGGUGAUUCUGAGAAGUGAGAUGGGGGAGAGCUGGAGGGAACAUCACUGUGAACACACUGAGGAGGAACUCAACCAAAUACUGAACGGCAUGGACGAGGAGCUGGACUCUCCUGAGGAGCUGGAGAAGAAGAGGAUCUGUCGUAUCGUCACCAGGGACUUCCCACAAUACUUUGCGGUGGUGUCGCGCAUCAAGCAGGACAGCCAACUGAUUGGUCCUGAGGGAGCUGUGUUGAGCAGUACUCUGGUACCUCAGGUCCAGGCUGUGUUCCCAGAGGGGGCUCUCACUAAGAAGAUCAGGGUUGGACUACAGGCCCAGCCAAUCAGCGUAGACCUGGUGAAGAGGAUUCUGGGUAACAAAGCUACUUUUAGCCCCAUCGUCACCUUGGAGCCCAGGAGGCGGAAGUUCCACAAGCCAAUCACCAUGACGAUCCCUGUCCCCAAAAGCUCGACCAAUGACGGGACAGGCAACGUGUUUGGAGGGGACACGCCCACUCUGCGUCUGCUCUGCAGUAUCACUGGUGGAACCACUCCUGCCCAAUGGGAGGACAUCACUGGCUCCACCCCCCUCACCUUCAUCAACCAAUGUGUGUCCUUCACCACCAACGUGUCAGCGAGGUUCUGGCUGAUAGACUGUCGUCAGACCCAGGAGGCUGUGAGUUUCUCUACCCAGCUGUACAGAGAGAUCAUCUGUGUCCCCUACAUGGCCAAGUUCGUCAUCUUCGCCAAGACGCUGGACCCCAUCGAGGCCCGCCUCCGUUGCUUCUGCAUGACGGACGACAAGAUGGACAAGACGCUGGAACAGCAAGAGAACUUCACAGAGGUGGCCCGGAGUAGAGAUGUAGAGGUAUUGGAAGGGAAGCCUAUCUUUGCAGACUGUUUUGGGAACCUGGUUCCUCUGACCAAGAGUGGACAGCAUCACGUCUUCAGCUUCUACGCAUUCAAAGAAAACCGUCUCGCACUCUUCAUCAAGAUUCGUGACUGCGCCCAGGAGCCGUGUGGCAGACUGUCCUUCACCAAGGAGCCCCGCACCUACCGUAGUCUUACCCACAAGGCAAUCUGCAACCUGAACAUCACGCUGCCCACCUACUGCAAGGAGUCUGAUUCAGACCUAGACGCAGAUGACGAGAGUGACAAGAGCGACAAAAAAUACGAUGAGACGGAGUCGACAGAUACUUACACGCUGCCGACCAAUCAGAUGCUAGACCCAGCCAUGCUGGCCAGCCCUGACCUCCUUUCAGAGGUCUCCGAUAUGAAACACGACCUCAUCAAGAUGUCUGCCAUCUUGACGACAGAGCAAACUGAACACCCAAGCCCUUCGGAUAGAGGAAGAGGAGGUGGAGGAAGAGGAGGAGGAAGGACAGGGAUGGAGGAGGAACCCGGGGAGCCGUUUGAGAUCAUGGAACAGGUGAAAGAGGAUCUGGAGAAGGUUGGAGAUAUUUUACGAGGGGGAGAUACUAGAUUCACAAACAACAAAGAGAAAGUGCUGCAGAUGUCCAAAAUGGAGGACAAGGAGUUGGUUAUUCUCUCUCAGACUAAAGCCAAAGCCAUGACUCCCUCUGAUGUUCAGGAGCCGGUACUACAAGAAGUCAACAUUCAGAGGAAGACCUCUCCCACAAUUACCAAAGAGGUUAGAGAUAUGUCAGGUAUGGUGUCUCACCUCAGUGGAGGCGUGAACCAGCACCUAGAAGAGAGAUCUGGCGUAACCAGUUGCCCACUACAGGACAUCAUAGUCCAGGAGAGAUUAGAUCAGGUCGUUCUGAAGCGGGAAGGCAAACGCCAUCCUCCUGAGAUCAAAAAGCCGAUCAGGAAGAAGUUGAGGGACAGGGAACGUUCUGGAUGCAGCAGUUCCGAGGGGGAGCUGGAGAGGAUGAGCUCUGAGGAAUCCCUUGAUGGGGAUGUUGUUCUGGGAGAGCCGAGGCAGGAAGUGGUUCCCGGGUCUGAGCCUGGAGAGGUUCCCGGGUCUGAGCCUGGAGUGGUUCCUGGGUCUGAGCCUGUAGUCGUUCCCAGGUCUAUGCCUGGAGUGGUUCCCGGGUCUGAGCCUGUAGUGGUUCCCAGGUCUAUGCCUGGAGUGGUUCCCGGGUCUGAGCCUGUAGUCAUUCCCAGGUCUAUGCCUGGAGUGGAUCCUGGGUCUGAGCCUGUAGUGGUUCCCAGGUCUAUGCCUGGAGUGGUUCCUGGGUCUGAGCCUGUAGUGGUUCCCAGGUCUAUGCCUGGAGUGGUGUCUGGGUCCGGACCUGUAGUGGUGUCUGGGUCUGGACCUGGAGUGGGGCCCGGGACUGAGUUAAAAACGACUGCAACCCUGGAUUGGGAUGUUGUACUGGGGGAGUCUGGGCUCGGGUCUGGGUCUGAAACUUGGUCUGGGCCUUCUGGACCAACCCCAGCCAUGGAGCCCCCAGUGUCGCCCCUGGUCGUGGAAACCCCUAUCGGAUCCAUAAAGGACAGAGUGAGAGCUCUGCAAAAGAAGGUUGAGGAAGAGGAAGAGGGGGAGGAUGGCCGUAAGCGAAAGCCUACACAGGCGCCAGUCCCUCAGAACACAACUUUCAUCACCAUCACUAAGGAGACGGGUGAGCCCCAGAUGCCAGAUCUUCCUAAGCUUCCCAGAUCUCCGAAAUCACCCCGGUCUCAGACGGAGAGGCUGGAGGAGACAAUGUCUGUCCGGGAGCUGAUGAAGGCAUUCCAGACUGGCCAGGAUCCUUCCAAGAACAAAACGGGGCUCUUCGAGCACAAAGCCAUGAUGUCAUCCACAACCUCCACAUCGAGCUCAGAGGCAGUGAUCUACAGUGAGACCUACAGAGCUGAAACCAGUCCCACAGAGCAUACGCCAGCAGAAACUCCAACUUCCACAAUCCUCUGCUCGCAUAGUGAUGUCCUGGCUCUCCAACACAAAGGGGUGGAUGAUGAACAAAAUCUGAUCUUAGUAACAGACCACUCUGAAGACUCUGAGAUAACUCAUGUCUUAGAAAGGGACCACUCUGAAGACUCUGAGAUAAUUAAUGUUACGGUUCAGUUGCAGGAGUCAGUGACUAACAUCAACAGAAUACAACCAGAGGAUGGAGGGAUCCCUCUAGACAGGGCUCUACCAGAGGACGGAUGUAUCCUCCUAGACAGGGCUCUGCCGGAGGGUGGAGAGAUCCUCCUAGACAGGGCUCAACUGGAGGAGGGAGGGAUCCUCCUAGACAGGGCUCUACCAGAGGACGGAGGGAUCUUCCUAGACAGGGCUUUACCAGAGGACAGACAAAUCCUCCAAGACAGGGCUUUACCAGAGGACGAUGGGAUCUUCCUAGACAGGGCUCUACCAGAGGAUGGAGGGAUUCUCCUAUACAGGGCUCUACCAGAGGACGGAAGUAUCAACCUAGACAGGACUCUACCAGAGGACGGAGGUAUCAACCUAGACAGGGCUCAACCAGAGGACGGAGGGAUCCUCCUAGACAGGGCUCUACCAAAAGACAGACAAAUCCUCCUAGACAGGACUCUACCAGAGGACGGAGGUAUCAACCUAGACAGGGCUCAACGAGAGGACGGAGGGAUCCUCCUAGACAGGGCUCUACCAAAGGACAGACAAAUCCUCCUAGACAGGCCUCAACCAGAGGACGGAGGGAUCCUCCUAGACAGGGCUCUACCUGAGGGCGGAGGGAUCCCUCUAGACAGGGCUCUACCAGAGGGCGGAGGGACCCCUCUAGACAGGGCUCUACCAGAGGAUGGAGGGACCCCUCUAGACAGGGCUCUACCAGAGGAUGGAGGGAUCCUCCUAGACAGGGCUCUACCAGAGGAUGGAGGGAUCCUCCUAGACAGGGCUCUACCAGAGGACGGAGGGACCCCUCUAGACAGGGCUCUACCAGAGGACGGAGGGAUCCCUCUAGACAGGGAUCUACGAAAAUACAGAGGGAUCCCUCUAGACAGGGCUCUACCAGAGAACGGAGGGAUCCUCCUAGACAGGUCUCUACCAGAAGAUGGAGGGAUUCUCUUAGACAGGGCUCUACCAGAGGACGGAGGAAUCCCUAUAGACAGGGCUCUACCAGAGUAUGGAGGGAUUCUCCUAGACAGGGCUCUACCAGAGGACGGAGGGAUCUUCCUAGACAGGGCUCUACCAGAGGACGGAGGGAUCCCUCUAGACAGGGCUCUACCAGAGGACGGAGGGAUCCCUCUAGACAGGGAUCUACCAGAGGACGGAGGGAUCCCUCUAGACAGGGAUCUACGAAAAUACAGAGGGAUCCCUCUAGACAGGGCUCUACCAGAGAACGGAGGGAUCCUCCUAGACAGGGCUCUACCAGAAGAUGGAAGGAUUCUCUUAGACAGGGCUCUACCAGAGGAUGGAGGAAUCCCUAUAGACAGGGCUCUACCAGAGUAUGGAGGGAUUCUCCUAGACAGGGCUCUACCAGAGGACGGAGGGAUCUUCCUAGACAGGGCUCUACCAGAGGACGGAGGGAUCAUCCUAGACAGGGCUCUACCAGAGGACGGAGUGAUCCAACUUGACCGGGAUCUGUCAGAUACUGGAGGAAUCGUCCUAGACACGACUCUACCGGAGGACAGAGGGAUCCUCCUAGACAGGGACAAGGUUCUACCAGAGGAUGGAGGGAUCUUCCUAGACAGGGCUCAACCAGAGGACAGAGGGAUCCUCCUAGACCGGGAUCUAUCAGAAAAUGGAGGAAUCUUCCUAGUCAGGGCUCUAACAGAGGAUGGAGGGAUCCUCCUAGACAAGGCUCUACCAAAGGAUGGAGGGAUCCUCCUAGGCAGGGCUCUACCAGAGGAUGGAGGGAUCUUCCUAGGCAGGGCUCUACCAGAGGAUGCAUGGAGCAGCCCAGAGAAGAUGCAGCUGGAGGAGCCAGAGAUGGGACCAGAAAGGAAGUCUUCUACGGAGAUGAUGCAGCUGGAGGAGCCAGAGAUGGGACCAAACAGGAAGUCUUCUAUGGAGAUGAUGCAGCUGGAGGAACCAGAGAUGGGACCAGACAGGAAGUCUUCUAUGGAGAUGAUGCAGCUGGAGGAGCCAGAGAUGGGACCAGACAGGAAGUCUUCUAUAGAGAUGAUGCAGCUGGAGGAACCAGAGAUUGGACCAGACAGGAAGUCUUCUACAAAGAUGAUGCAGCUGGAGGAACCAGAGAUGGGACCAGACAGGAAGUCUUCUAUGGAGAUGAUGCAGCUGGAGGAACCAGAGAUGGGACCAGACAGGAAGUCUUCUAUGGAGAUGAUGCGGCUGGAGGAGCCAGAGAUGGGACCAGACAGGAAGUCUUCUAUAGAGAUGAUGCAGCUGGAGGAACCAGAGAUGGGACCAGACAGGAAGUCUUCUGUAGAGAUGAUGCAGCUGGAGGAGCCAGAGAUGGGACCAGACAGGAAGUCUUCUAUGGAAAUGAUGCAGCUGGAGGAACCAGAGAUUGGACCAGACAGGAAGUCUUCUAUAGAGUUGAUGCGGCUGGAGGAACCAGAGAUGGGACCAGACAGGAAGUCUUCUACAGAGUUGAUGCGGCUGGAGGAACCAGAGAUGGGGCCAGACAGGAAGUCUUCUACGGAGAUGAUGCAGCUGGAGAAACCAGAGAUGGGACCAGACAGGAAGUCUUCUACGGAGAUGAUGCAGCUGGAGGAACCAGAGAUGGGACCAGACAGGAAGUCUUCUACAGAGAUGAUGCAGCUGGAGGAACCAGAGAUGGGACCAGACAGGAAGUCUUCUAUAGAGAUGAUGCAGCUGGAGGAACCAGAGAUGGGACCAGACAGGAAGUCUUCUACAGAGAUGAUGCAGCUGGAGGAACCAGAGAUGGGACCAGACAGGACGAAGUCUUCUAGAGAUGAUGCAGAGAUGGGACCAGACAGGAAGUCUUCUAUAGAGAUGAUGCAGCUGGAGGAACCAGAGAUGGGACCAGACAGGAAGUCUUCUAUAGAGAUGAUGCAGCUGGAGGAACCAGAGAUGGGACCAGACAGGAAGUCUUCUGUAGAGAUGAUGCAGCUGGAGGAACCAGAGAUGGGACCAGACAGGAAGUCUUCUAUGGAGAUGCAGAUCAGCCCAGACAGGAAACCCUCUGAGGACUUUAGCGCUGACAUCAAGGCCGAGCUGGAGGACAGUCCAGAGUACCAGCUGUUCAGACAGACCUCGUUUAUAGGGGAUGACAACCACCCACAGGCUGAAGCAGCCGAGGAGGAGCUCCCAGCAGACCACACAAACGACACCCCAACCUUCAUGUUCAGCCCCUGUAUGCACGAAGACAGGCAGGAUGAGUUAUUCACUAAGGCUGAGAACCUGAUGGGGAAUGAAAGCCCUGUGAGUCUGAAGCAUGAAGGCGCAGCGGACUCUCCCGGGACUAGCCUAGGAACCAGGACUCCCCAUUCAAGCACGGGGGAGAGUGAGAAACACGAAGGAUUAGCAGACACCCCACAGAUGAGCCCACUCACAUUCCCCACUCAGGAGGUUGACCUGCCCACAGUUUAUAAAGAGACAGAGAGAAUGGAUGGGAUGAAAGUACUAGGAGAUGUGAUUCAUGGUGAUGAAGAAAUCUUUCCAGAAACUGAAGAUUUAGUCGUAGAAACCAAAUCAGCGACUCCGUCCCCUGUUCGGGAACCGCUGUUACAAGAAGUCACGAUCCAACGGAAGACCUCCCCCAGACCGGUUAAAGUGGUGAGAGAUAUGUCAGGGAUGGAGUCCCUCCUCAGGGGAGAUAUGGAUCACGACCUAGAACAGAGACCAUCACCUGUCCGUGGCGCUGAAGUGAUGACAGUUCAGGAACCGCUAUUACAAGAAGUCAGGAUGGAAAGGAAACCCCCGCCCAGACUGGUUACAGUGGUGAGCGAUAUGUCAGGGAUGGAGUCCCUCCUCAGGGGAGAUAUGGAUCACUACCUAGAACAGAGAUGUAUGGUAAAUAGUGGUUCACCAAAGGAUGACAUCGACCAACAACAGAGUUUGAAACAGACCAUCCUUGCCAGGGAUGACAAGCGACAAUCACUUAUUUUCUCCACAGAGGAGGUAGACAUGUCAACAGAAGAUACAGAGACAGAAAAAGAAGACUGGUGGAAAGUGCAAGGCAUGGAUGAUGGUGGCGCUCGGGGUGCCGAACCGAUAAUCUUGAACCCAGUUCAGGAGCCGAUGUUACAAGAAGUCAUGAUCGAAAGGAAGACAUCGCCCAGACCAGCUGUAGGAGUUAAAGAUACGUCGGGCAUGGAGGCACUCCUCAGUGGAGAUUUAGAACAGUACCUAGAAAACAGACCUGUAGAUCUCAGUGGUGUACCGGAGGACGACAUCGUACAAGAGAGAUUGGAACAGGUUGUGAUUACACGGAAGAGAAAACAGGAAACCCACACGUUCUCCACUGAGCAGGUAGACCGGUCCGCAGCAGAUAAAGUGACAGAGCGAGAUGUUGUUAAUGUAGUGCAAGUAGGAGCCGCGGAGGACGGUGUCAUCUACGGUGAUAAAGACUUCGUGCAGAGUUGUUCAGCUGGGGGGGAAGCAUCAGAAAGUUCAGCUACUACAGUGAUACGUUCAAGAGACUCAAAGAAGGUGACCUUUGACCUUCAAAGGACGUUUGAUUCAGCGCUCCCUGCUCAAGCCUCUGAAGAGGACGACCAGGUCCCUGUUGAGACAAGACCUAUCUUAGAGGACUGGGAUGAUUUAGAGAUAAAACCAUCGUACCACAAAACUACAGAACUUUCAUACUCAAACCCAUACAUGCAAGACUCAAUUUCAGCAGACAGAAUUGCUCCUGAAUCUAGUUGGGUUGUACCAGAGCGCCAUGAAAGGGAUGCAACUGAUCAUGGAGCUGUGCACAGUCCAGACGGUGUGGGUCAGGCCCUCAGACCUGCAGACUUAGAGGUCCUCUUUCCUUUGGCCCUGGGCCACCCUGAGAGACGACUCUCCCAUGGGGAUUCUCUGGAGACCAGUCCUGUCAUGGAUGAAGGUUCCUCCAGGAAGUCCCCUGACUCUAUAGAGCCAAGCUCAACCGGGGACUCCCCCUGCCUUGACUCACUGGAGAGCAGCCCCACUGAACUGAAACAAGACACAUGCUUUCAGGCGACAAAGAAGACAGCUGUGUAUGAAGACUACUACUCUCAGCUUAGAGCCUGUCUCGGUGAGGAGCACGUCAGCAACAUUGAGAAUGAGGAUUACUCCAAACAGACUUAUCAAAUGGAUGGUGAGGGCGAGGGUCCCCUCCCAUUGAAGGGGGAAGACCCUGAGUGGCUCUCCAUGCCCAUAAAUCUGAGCUCAAACCCUGAGGAUGAUAUGGACGACGUGGAUGCAGAGGGCAGCGGGACUGGCCAGAGACAGUUCACCCCAGAGGAGGAGAUGUUCAAAAUGGCCGCCAAGAUCAAAACCUUCGAGGAGAUGGAGCAGGACGUCAAAACGAAGACAGACGGGAAACCCUCAGACGGCUCUGUGUUAUCAGACUCUGAGGAUUAUGAAGAAUGUCAGUCGAUCGUUGACCUGAUGGACAGGGAGGCAAAAUCAUUUAAGCCCAAAACCGACGCCGGUACUUUUCAGUCUGAAAUUGAAACUGUGGCUGAAAUCCAACCCUCAGUCCCUGGUGCAGUAACUGCGUUGGAUAGUUCAGUUCACUGUGAAGCUCACCUACCAUACAGUGCCUCAGGACAUUCACCAUCAGGAAAACAGGUCUCUGAGCACCUCGAAUAUCGUUCACUAAGCACUGAAAGAGAACAAUAUACCACAGAGAACAUCAGUGAAAAUAUCAGUGAACGUACUGAGCAGAAAGAGAAGAUAGAUGUAAUAUCAGCUAUGCACGCACACGAGGUGGAGAUGGAUCAGUCACAGUUGAGUGUCAGUCAGUCUGGUGAAAGUCAGUCAGUCAAACCAGAGGUGUUGUGCACCGACGUUGAAAGCUUCAAGGAGGUGAAGGAUGCGGAUGGUAAGGCAGCCGUGUUGGAAAUGCAUCCCGAAGACAAGCCUGUUCAAGGAGAGCUGGUCCCAUGGAGUGCCAUGUCAGACGACAACGAGGAUGACAAUGACGACGAAGCCUUCGCAGCACGUGUGGAGGCGGAGGAACGAAGGAUGAUGGCUCUCGUGGAAGACCGCCGUACCCCUGACACCACACCGGGUCGCACACCAACCGAGGGGGGCACCCCCAAUCCCUUCCAGUUCCAGGAAGGGAAGUUCUUUGAGAUGACCAGAGGGGGCGCUAUCGACAUGACAAGGAGGAGCGUUGAAGAGGAGGGCGAGGGCUAUGCCUUCUUUCACAUAGGAGAACACCCAGUUGACCAGGUUCUGUUCGAGGACACAGGAGAUUGCGCUAGCCCCGAUGUUCUCAGAACAGAACAGACUAUUGCCGUUGCUGAUCUACACCUCCAGAAGGUGGACCAAACCAAAGAUGAUUCUGACUCCUCCUUCCAGACUAUACCAUUACCCGAGGCUGAUCAGAGGGGGAAACCAGUGGCCAAACCCAGUACCUCCAUCAAAAUGGAGCCAAAAGCUGAAACAUUCCCCCUGCUAGAAGCUAAGAUGGGAAGCUUCUUAGAGGUAGAUUCUCCAGACCCGACUAUAGCUGAACUCCAGAUGUUUACCACCACUACUCUUGUCACCCGCUCUGUGUACUCUGAACAGGUCCGCCAGUCAUCCGACUCAUCCCUUGAGGAUGAAGAAGAAGAGGAAGAGGAGCAGGGUUCUGUCAUUGAGAUGCCCACUGGCUAUUGUGACUCGGUGGCACCCCCUAGUGUCCUGCAAGGGUAUGACACCUCGGCAGGGUCUGACACCUCAAUGGCACCCCCUAGUGUCCUGCAAGGGUAUGACACCUCGGCAGGGUAUGACGCCUCAGUGGCACCCCCUAGUGUCCUGCAAGGGUAUGACACCUCGUCAGGGUCUAACACCUCAGUGGCACCCACUAGUGUCCUGGCAGGGUCUGACACCUCUAGUGUCCUGGAAGGGUCUGACAUCUCAGUUGCACCCUCUAGUGUCCUGGCAAUGUCCUACACUUCAGCAGACACUGUGGCUAAGGAUGAAAGCAGUUUCAAAUCAAAGAUACCCAUCAAAGCUGGUUCAAUGAAAUCAGACCUCGGCCUUGAGCAGAAAUCAACAGUGGAGGAAUCUCUUGUUCAGGACCGGAGGACGAGGUCCGAGGAGGAUUUUGGAGCCGGGAAGAAAAUCUUAACUGACAAAUACAGCAGGAGUCACUCCGACAGCGACCAUCCUGCAACUAAAUCCAAACCUCUCACCUCCAGACUCCCUGUCAUGGACAAACACAAACCCACAGCCCACUCCUCCUCCUCCUCUUCCCAGCCCGACAGAGACCAGGGCUCUGACGUACGAGAGCUUUCCCUCCGAUCCUCUCUGGAUGUCGACGACAUCAGCAGCAGCGGUGAUCACAACAGUCCAGAUUCUGUUAUCUUCAGGUAUGACAGACCAACGCCUCGCAGAUCUGCCCCGGACACGAGGGCUUUGUCGACUCAGACACGGGUUCGAGCUUCCUCGGUGACGGGGGAGGUGUUUGAGUCCAGACCCAUCUGGGAAGACUCAGUAGAAACUCAGAUGCAGCGAAUCUGGGAUGAUCGGACAACGGAGCGGCAGCAAGUGGAUUGGCACGACGAUGCAGACAGGAAAGAGGAGACGUUGGCUAUCAUUGCAGACCUGCUGGGGUUCAGCUGGACAGAGCUGGCGAGGGAGCUGGAGUUCAACGAGGAUGAGAUCCAGGAAGUGAGGACGGAGAACCCUAACUCUCUACAGGAGCAGAGCCACGCCCUGCUGCAGCGCUGGGCUGAGAGAGAGGGAAAACACGCCACCGAGGAGAGCCUGAUAAAGAGGCUGACCAAGAUCAACCGGAUGGACAUCGUCCACCUGAUAGAGACCCAGAUGAACAAGUCAACACAGGAGCAGACGUCUAGGACCUACGCAGAGAUAGAGAAGACUCUGGACCAGAGUGAAGUGUCUGUAGCCCUGUCCUCAGUGCAGGAGGACGUAGACAGCCUCAGACUGGUGAGGAGGGUGGACUCUUCUCCCAGACCGCCCCCAGCCGUCUCAGAGGAAGACUUAUCAGUAGCCUCCCUCCUGGACAUUCCUUCCUGGGCGGAGCCUAUGGGCCACACCCACUCAGAGAGCAUGCAUGGGCUAUUGGAGGACCUGGAGAUCACAACGGAGCUGAGCCCCAACCCGUGGACUUUGGAGGACACGGUAACAAGGGAGUCCGCUACCGCCAGCGAGCAAGUUUCAGCAGGAUCCUCCAUGGAGAAUCUAUCAGAACCCAAACACGUAUUAGCUUUGGACCAGCCAUCUACUAAUAGACCUAUCUCAAACAAAACACUCAUGUCUGAAACCCAAUCUGUGACUCCAGAUCUCCAGAUUCCAAAUGCCUUUGUAUUCAGUCAGUUAUCCCCUGAAAUGACAAUGCCCACUGAGAAGAUGAGGGUAUCGCCAGAAAGUCCAGAAAAAACAUUUAAUCUGAACAAGGAGUCCUCCUCUUCUUCUGAAACCAGUCCAGUGUUACCAGACCUUUUCAGCCACAACGCCGAAGACAGCCAAGGUGAUGAAGCACAAUCGUCAGCGAGCAAUCUAGAAGCACCCCCGGAGUCAGGGGCACCCACCCAGCUUGAUCAGCUGCUGUCGGAAUUUGAAGAAAUCAAACGGGAAUUCCGACCAGAAACUCUAGAACCACUGGACUCACCUCUUUCGGAAACCAGCGAAGGGGGUCUUGAAGAUCUACAACCUUAUGUUGAGAUUGAGGAACUCUUGCCAGAAUCCAACGGAUAUCCCACUGAGGGUGAGGAAGAGAUCUCUAGUCCAAGUCCCUCAUCCCCUAUUCAGAUCACAUGGGAGCCGGCUGAAAUAAGCGUAGUGGCCUCAGUGCCGACCGAUCUCUCCCUGUCCUAUGAAACCGACCCGGAGGUAUUUGGGGUGACCGCAGAUCUAAUCAAGACCUUCCCAGAGCCUAGCCAAGUUACAGCUGAUCCGGUUCAGUUGAGCCACUUGGAGUACCUGCAAACACACAGAGCAGAAAAAUCAGAUCUCACCAGUUCCAUACCUCUGAUUAGCCCCACAGCUGCUACCAAAUCCGUCGGAACAACGGAAUCUCCAGAACCAUGCCAUAAAGUUCUAGAACUGUCAUCAGAAUCAAUUGUUCCGUCUCAAAAGUUCCAGUCACUCGAACAUGAGGAUGCUGCUGUAUUUACCCAACCUUCAACUGUAGAAGAACCUCGAAUCAGUCUCCCACAGCAGGACCAGGAGACAGUUGGUGAAGAAUAUGACAACUCCAAAGAAACAUCAAGCAUUCAAGCUGCAGUCAAAAAGGCAUCUAUUGAACAAAGCAAAGUAUUGUGCGAAUCUGGGGGAUUAAUCACUGAGCCCAGCCAAUUGGUAGAUGAAACAUGCACGAGCACUACCCCAGAAGUUGUGUCACAUUUAAGGGAUAGCACUCCCCCUGAAACCCUUGAAUACGAUGAGCAGUCGCCCCAGUCACGCUCUGACGUGACCCCACAGACUCCAGAGACCGUCACCGUCUCCAGGCACUUCAGCUUCGAGGAGUUGAUCCCUUACCAGAUUCCUAGGUACCUCAACAUGCUCUCUGAAGAGCUCAAGCCAAAUACCAGUGAGCAACCAUCAGAGAAUCCAGUCACCCCCAUAGAGGAAGAGUUCAGUCCUCCAGUCACCCCUGUUGAGGUAAAGUCCCAUGUCUCCCAGCCCGGUCCAGUAGAUCCCAUGGCAGAGAUGGUGUCAGCCCAGCCUGAUCCAGUAGAACCCAGGGCAGAGAUGGUGUCAGCCCAGCCUGGUCCAGUAGAACCCAGGGCAGAGAUGGUAUCAGCCCAACCCGUUCCAGAGGUUACAGCAUCAGCCCAUGAUGAAGAGUUCUCCAUGGAGUUCAGCCUCCCUCCUGAGUAUGCUGAGGCAUCCUCCUCUAUCCACAAACCCAAUCCUCCUGCCUACGCAGAAGUCAUACGAGGCAGCACCACAAUGCACUUAUACGAAGACUCUGACCCGGAGACUUACUUUGACUGCAAACAGGGAGUCUCAGACUUCUCCGAGAUGGAACCUGACGAGCUGAAGAAGAGGGAAAGUUCAGGGGUUGGCCAAACCCAAGGACAAGCAUCCCAUUCAGGAGCCCUGGGGAGAAAGUACCAGAAGCCGACGGCACUUCUGGUUUGCUCCGCAGUGCGCAAACACGAGCGCGGAGUCCUGCUGUCCUCAGGGAGUGAGGAUUAUGACGACGCACCUUAUGAUGACGAGGAAGAGAGCGAAGAGCUGGCCCAAUCUCCCGGCACACACAGAGACGACUCAGCCUUUUACCAGGCUCCUCAGGAGCUUCAUCCUCUCAGAUCAGCAGAUGAUGAUGACUCCCUGGACAGGCAGGGUGAGAUGACAGACAUCCCUCCCCAAACCGUGACAGAGGAGCAGUACACAGAUCAACAUGGACACGCGGUGGUCAGAAAGGUUACUCGUGAGGUGAACCGCCAGGUGAUGUCAAGUGAGGGGUCGCAGAGGGAGGAGGGGGGUGCCCCCCCGGGGGAGGAGGGAGACGGUUACUCCAGAGUGGUCGAGAGGAGGAGCCACAGAGAUCUCUUAGAGGUGACGUUUUCUGAGCGUGACUCUGACUCAGCGUGGGGUGAGGAGGAAUCAGCUGAAGGUCACGAGGUCAGCCAUGUGGAGCGGAACGCAGUGGUGGAGGUGGUGGAGGGGGAUUGGACCGAGACGCAGCACGGUGACCCCACCCUGACCUCUGACCUCCCAACGGCACGGGACGACUUCACACAGGGCGUGUAAGGGACGUACCCAGAGACGGACAGUAGUGAGGGGGGAGGAGCCUGUGGUAACAGGAAACAGGUUCUCCUGGAGCAUCUUCAUCACCUCAUCCACCUCUACUGUUAGAAGGAGGAGGAAGAGGAGGAGGAGGAGGGGGGAUGAGGAGGAAGAGGGGAGGAAAAAGGAAUAACAGGCCUCCUUUAUCGCCUCGCUAGUUUCCUGUUCGGCCUCUGACCCCGCCCCUUUCCCUGAAGAUCCACCAAUCCUAUGCAUCAGGCACAUGCAAUCCCAGAGUGCACCUCAGUCCUACCACCGUCUUCCUGUUUCAACAAUCUGUUUGGUCUUAAACUGAUUCACUUCUUUUCUUUCUUUCUGUUUUGGUUUCUUCUUUGUGUGUUUUUUCCGUUUUCAUUUUUUUUUGUGUGACCAAAGAGAGUUUUUUUCCAUGUUUUGUUUUCUGUAUGUAUUGGAUCUUGAUGCUGUGGUGGAACACAGACAGAGAUUAGUCAUAUAUGUGUUGUACUGCUAGAGUAGGUGGUUGGACUAACAGACGCUACGAUGUACACCUCACAGCACUACCUGUCUCUACUACUACAGUUCUUAGUUAUUCUUCACUACGACGUGAAAACUACAGCACUUCCUCUUCCUCAUAUUGACCUUUCUUUAAAAAAGGUCAGAUAUCACGAUGUCACCUGUAGCAACCCUUAACCGUAGUCCUUCCUGCUUCCUGCUUCCUGCUUCCUGCUACCUGCUUCCUGUUGCUGGAGUGUUUAGUGUUCUUGUUCUACCUGUCUUCAGAAAGUAGCUAUAUCUAAAUAUGUGGUUAAAAAAACAAAAACGUUUGUAACCUAGGCAACCUUAUUAGUCCCCUCCAUUACCAGGUAAAGUAGGCAUGAUUGGUCGGUUAGCUGGUGACGAUCAUAGCUGAGAUAUGGUUAAUUAUAUAUAGCCUUGAUCCUUAUCUCUCUCCCUCUCUCUCUCUCUCCCUCUCUCCCUCUCUCUCUCUCCCUCUCUGUCUUUCUCUCUAUCUCUCUAUCUCUGUCUCUCUGUCUCUCUCUCUCUCUGUCUCGCUCUCUCUCUCUCUGUCUCUCUCUCUCUGUCUCUCUCUCUCUCUCUCUCUCUCUCUGUCUCUCUAUCUCUCUCUCUGUCUCUCUAUCUCUCUCUGUCUGUCUCUAUCUCUCUCUCUGUCUCUCUCUGUCUCUCUCUGUCACUCUCUCUCUCUGUCACUCUCUCUAUGUCUCUCUCUCUCUCUCUCUCUGUCUCUCUCUCUCUCUCUCUCUCUCUGUCUCUCUCUCUCUGUCUCUCUCUCUCUCUCUCUCUCUCUCUCUCUCUCUCUCUCUCUCUCUCUCUUUCUCUCCCUCUCUCUUCCUCUCUCUCUCCCUCUCUCUCUCUCUCUGUCUCCCUCUCCCUUUCUCUCUCUCUCUCUCUGUCUCCCUCUCUCUUUCUCUCUCUCUCUCUCUCUCUCUCUCUCUCUCUCCCUCUAUCUCUGUCUCUCUGUCUCUCUCUCUCUUUCUCUCUCUCUGUCUCUCUUUCUCUCUCUCUGUCUCUCUCUCUCUCUCUCUCUCUCCCUCUCUCUCUGUCUCUCUGUCUCUCUCUCUCUUUCUCUCUCUCUGUCUCUCUUUCUCUCUCUCUGUCUCUCUGUCUCUCUCUCUCUCUCCCUCUCUCUCUCUCUCCCUCUGUUUCUAUCUAUCUUUCUUCCCGUCUUUUAAACUCUCUCUUGGUUUGUAACAUUUCCAACCUCAUCUCAGUGUUUGACGUGCAUGCAUGUGAAUUAGUGCAAGUGUGUGUGUGUGUGUGUGUGUGUGUGUGUGUGUGCGUUCGUGCGUGCGUGCGUGCGUGCGUGCGUGUGUGUGUGUGUGUCAGACCUGAAUUGCUGCUAUGAAGGGAGUGGUUUGGUAAAAGCAGCAGUCUUCUCUGUUAUUGGUUAAAUUCUUUCCUUGUUUUUUUUGAAGUUCUUCUUCUGUGGUUUUCGGGUUCAGUUCACUAUCUAGAUAAGGAACUUGUUUAUUUUUUGGUUUGUUUGAUUUGACGUUUCCUUUAUUACGAAACGUAUUUAUUUAUUUAAUAUUUAUUUUCCCAAUGGUGAAUACGCUGUGUAUAAGUUGAUAAGGUGUGUGAUUAUGAUAAGAUAAGAUAUAAGUUGAUAAGGUGUGUGAUUAUGAUAAGAUAAGAUAUAAGUUGAUAAGGUGUGUGAUCAUGACUGUCUCGUUUAGAAGCAGUCCUCUGAUAUGAAGAUGUCUGUGUCACGAAUGGCACCCUAUUCCCUAUGCAGAACUCGUAGGGCUCUGGUCUAUAGUAGUGCACUAUAUAGGGAAUUGUGCCCUGGUUCACUAUAUAGGGAAUAGGGCUCUGGUCUUAAGUAGUUCACUACAUAGGGAAUAGGGUCCUGGUCUUAAGUAGUUCACUACAUAGGGAAUAGGGCUCUGGUCACUAGUAGUGCACUAUAUAGGGAAUAGGGCUCUGGUCACUAGUAGUACACUAUAUAGGGAAUAGGGCUCUGGUCUAUAGUAGUUCACUAUAUAGGGAAUAGGGCUCUGGUCACAAGUAGUUCACUAUAUAGGGAAUAGGGCUCUGGUCACAAGUAGUUCACUAUAUAGGGAAUAGGGCUCUGGUCACUAGUAGUUCACUACAUAGGGAAUAGGGCUCUGGUCUAUAGUAGUGCACUACAUAGGGAAUAGGGCCCUGGUCUAUAGUAGUUCACUAUAUAGGGAAUAGGGCUCUGGUCUAUAAUAGUUCACUAUAUAGGGAAUAGGGCUCUGGUCACUAGUAGUUCACUAUAUAGGGAAUAGGGAGCCAUUUGUGCAGCAGACCCGAGGUUGGUACGAGAGCUUCUCGGAUGGUUCUUCGUUUGAUUUAUCAAUGUGAUUAUUGAUUAAUUAUCGGCCCUUGAGAGUGUGGGACCGGGUGUUAGUGGUUGUGUGUGUUUGUGUGUUUGUGAAUUUGACAACAUGAGCAGAGAAAAAUGAACUUUAUUUCACAACAACCACGUUGCCCUCCUGACUGUCAGGUGGGGGACACACCUCCACGCUUUGGGCACAAGGACACAGGAAAUGGUAUGUUUAGCCAAUGGGAAAGGCCCAUCUAGACAGAAUACAGUAUUUGUAGCCAAUCAGACAGCCCCAUGUAGGCUGUGUUCUGUAUGUCUAGCCAAUUGGAAAGGCCCAUCUAGGCAGAAUACAGUAUUUGUAGCCAAUCAGACAGCCCCAUGUAGGCUGGGUUCUGUAUGUCUAGCCAAUGGGAAAGGCCCAUCUAGACAGAAUACAGUAUUUGUAGCCAAUCAGACAGCCCCAUGUAGGCUGUGUUCUGUAUGUCUAGCCAAUGGGAAAGGCCCGUGUAGAAAGUAUAUGAGGGCAGGUACGGGACAGAGACACACCCGACCUAGAGGUUGACAGUAUGUGUACACGGCAUCACUCACCGCUCAGAGCGUUUAGCUACUGUAUGUAUCUACCACAUGUCACGUAUGUACUUCACUGAUGUCACUGGUUACUGUGAGAGUGACGUUUAAAAAUGAUUUAAAAACUAAAAACUAAAAAAAAAGUGAUACAAAUGAAAAAAACUAGUGGAAGUUCACUGUGACUGGGUCGGUCCGGCUUUUACUUUAACCAAUCAGCAUUCUGUUUCCGCGGUGACGGCAUUUAUAUACAUAUGUGAUAUUAUACAUAUAUACAUAUUUACAAGGGCAUGUAUUAGUUUUAUUAAAAUGGUAUAAUAAUCAAAUGCUGCAGUGUGUUUAAGGCUGAUAGAGAAUUAAAAAUGUACAAGUCA